UGAAAAUUUGUAUCACCCUGAAAGUCAAUGAAACGUCUGUGCCACAGAAGUCUAUUGCGCAUGCACUUAUGUUGGUUAACCUCCAGUAGAAAUUUAUUAAUUUUUUUCAGUAUGACUACAUUCUAGUUAUAUUAGGCAUCACUAAAAAGAUAAACACGAUUGUUAUGAAAACAAUGCACAUAAAAAUAAAUAUUUGGCCAAUGUUACUUUUUCUUCAACUAAUGAUUUUAUGUGCUGGAGCGUAUUCUGCAAGUGUAGGACAAAAUAUUUCUAAAAGAAACUACAGCGAUAGAAGUAUUAGCGGUUACUUAACAGAGAGAACAUGCUGGUGGAACGAAGUUUGUAAAGAAGAAUUUCAUAACAAAUUUAGAUGUCGAUGUCCUAAAUGGUCAUAUUGUAGAGCUCCUGGAAGAUAUUAUGACGCUCAUUGCAGUAUAACUAAAACUGGAUAUAUUUGGACUCAACCAGAAACUUCUUUAGUAUAUAAAUAAGGCGUACAAGUAAACAAUUAUGACAAAUGUACAUAAUUAUUUUAAAUAACAUAUAAAUUAAUAAAAAAUAAAUGAAAUUGAAAGCGUA